AUGGGGGAAUUUAGGAGCAAAGGAUGCAGGCGUGGCCUGGCCAGUCAUCUGGGUGACGAAGAGUCAUCGCCUGGCCAGCAGAACUGGAGGAGAAGCAGCAGACUAAACAGGCCCAAAAACAUGCUCCAGCUCGAGAAGCUCGUCCUCCAGAUCUGUGAUGGUGGGUGA